AUGGCGGCUGGCAGAGCAGAGGAGCGGGGCGGUUUGGAGGCGGCUGUGCGGGGUGGACUCCGCAUCCUCCGGGAGCGAUGGAUGCGGGGGACCCGUGAACACGGCGGUACUGCCGUAUUCACGGGUUCCCUGCAUCCAUCGCUCCCGGAGGACGCGGAAGUGGUGAGUGCCCUGCAGGCGCUGCCGAUUGAUGUGCAGCUGAACAUCAUGUCCUUCCUCUCACCCCAAGAUUUGUGCCGUUUGGGAAGCACGAGUUGUUACUGGAGGGCGGCUGUGCAAGAUCCAUUGUUGUGGAGGUAUUUUCUCCUCAGGGAUCUCCCCUUUUGGACAUCCGUUGAUUGGAAAUCACUCCCAGAUGUGGAAAUUUUUAAUAAAGCCUUUUCAGAAGACAGUGAUAAUGCGCUGUAUGAUUACAUGACAGUAUAUAAAAAAAGCUGUCCUCAGAGUAGAAGAAGUUUGAAAUCAAGCCGUCCCCGGUAUGGGGCAGUGACUUCCUUUUUGCAAUCACUGGUCACUCAGGCAGAACCUCGCUUUGCAAUGUUUGGGCCAGGUUUGGAAGAGCUGGAUGACUCUUUAGUGCAAAAGAUGAUGACAUGCCCAGAAAUUCUGCUGGUAGCUGGCCUACCUCAAAGACAAAUUCACGGAAUUGGAUCAGGAGUCAGUUUUCAGUUUAAUAACAAUCAAAAACUCAAUAUUCUGACAUUGUAUUCAACCACCAGUGUGGAAAGGAGGAGAGCAAGGGCAGAGCAAGCUGUUGCUGUGAAUAAGAUGUUCUACCAAGAGAACACCAUAGCAGGGGAUCAGCAGGCCAUGCACUACAGUGUAAUAGCUCAAGUUAAAAAGGUGUGCGAAGUAGUUGAUGGAUUCAUUUAUGUUGCUAAUGCAGAAGCUCAUAAAAAGCAUGAUCGUCAAGAGGAACUGGCUCGUAUUUUGGCAAUGAUUGAUCCAUCCCUUGGGCCUCCAAACAGACCUCUGCUAGUUUUGUCUUGUGUCUCUCACGUUGGUGUGAAAAGAAUUCCGUGUGUUUACAUGGCACAUCAGUUGCAACUAAAUCUGCUACGUCAGCCCUGGAUGGUGCAGGACACUGUAGCUGCAACUUUAGCUGGAUUGCUAAAUGGAAUUGAGUGGCUCCUGGAAGAAGCAAAUUGUAAAAAUGCACAGUAA